GCCAUUUCUAGACGGGGGAAACGAGAGUUGCGCUACUUUUUAAUCCGUUGCAUCUGCCUAAAUGCACUUUCCGGGGGAAAAAUACUUUUCAAAAGUCGAUUAUUCAGACACCCAUCUUUACAUCGGUGUGAUUAUUUUUGCGACCAUUGCUGUGGAUUAGCAGCCAGACGAGCUUGAAAGUUAAGAGACAAGAAAGGGGUUACCCCGAAUACGCAAGAUGAGAAGAGGGAUCUCCUCGGCUCCGGACAAAGUGAUUUUAGCGGGGGUUGGGGGCUCUACUCUGGAUAAUAAUAUAAUUUUAACAGCGUUAUCGGAUCGUUUAAACCCCGGACAAUCCAACGCGACGUAUAUCCAAAUAAUAACUACACCUCCGCCUUGUAACGUUACACAGACAUCCAAUGUGUGUUUAUCCGAGCCUCAGAUUAACAACAUUUACACAACUCCACAACAAGCAGCUGCAAACGGAGCAGGACAACGACCCGCUCUCGGAAGACCGCCGGCGAAGAGGAGGUUGGCGCUCGAUGAUUCAGACCAACAGUACCAGACAGAACCGGCCAGAACGCCGAGAGGCCGAGGAGGAGCAGCGACCAACGGGACCCGGCUAAAGACACCAAAAACACCCAAGUCCCCCCCUGAGAAGACGCGGUACGACACAUCUUUGGGCCUGCUAACGAAGAAGUUUGUGGACCUUCUUGCUCAGUCCUCCGAUGGCGUUCUGGACCUUAACCUUGCUGCUGAAACCUUGCAGGUGCAGAAACGGCGUCUGUAUGAUAUCACCAAUGUACUGGAGGGCAUUCACCUCAUCAAGAAGAAAUCAAAGAACAACAUUCAGUGGAUGGGCUGCAGCCUGCUGGAGGUCGAGGGGGCAAUGAGCCAGAGACAGAGACUGACAGCUGAAGUUUCGGCGCUGGGCGAAGAAGAGCAGAGGCUGGAGCAGCUCAUCCAGAGAUGCAGCCUGGAUAUGAGACAGAUGAGCGAGUUGCCCGGCAACCAGAAAUAUGCGUAUGUAACGUACCAAGACAUCAAGCAGCUGGGGAACCUGAGAGACCAGACUGUUAUUGUUGUCAAAGCGCCCACAGACACCAAACUGGAAGUACCACACCCUGAUGAGAGUUUAUCCAUCCACCUGACCAGCACCAAGGGCCCCAUCGAAGUCCUGCUGUGCCCCGAUGAGGAGAACGACCCCCGGAGUCCCAUAAAAAAUGGAAGCACGGACAUCAAUGGGAACUCACCUUUUCUCAAAGUCCUCCAAGACUCCGGCUGUCCCACCACCACCUCUCCAAGCUCUUUGCUUGCUCCGCCCACCUCUUCCUCCGCCUCGGCCGUCUCCGUCACCACUCUCUCGCCCAUCUCGUCCCCGUACACCAGCCUCCUCCAGCAGACGGAAGACCAGAUCCCGUCUUCUCUGGGGCCCUUCUUGAACCUGGGGCCUCCUCUUCUGGACCAGGAGGACUACCUGUUAGGCCUGGGAGACGAUCAGGGAAUCAGCGACCUGUUCGACGCCUGUGACUUUGACAAGAUUCCUGCUCUCGCCUUGGAUGACCUCCUGUGCAGCUAGCAUUAGCUUCAAAACGCGAGGCGGGAAAUGAAGCACUGAGGGUUUUUCCAGUGAAAACCAUGUUCUGUCAUGGUGUCAGUGAUGAACGGCCUGAUCAGUGUGAAGCCUUUGUUUUUUUUUAGGGGAUGCUAUUUACACAGUUGAUUGGUUAAGUAUAAAGGGGGAAGGAGAAGGUGUUCACUCCUCUGUAUGAAGUUGUGUGUGCGUGCGUGUGCGUGUGUGCGAGUCAUUGUACCGAGGCCAACAAAGAACAGCUUGCUGGAAGCCCCCCUCCCCACACCACCUGGCAUUAGUAUCAAUUUUUUGGGGGGGAUUGAGUUGUUUUUUUUUUUAACAGUAUAAUCACCCACAACAUUGUGGAGAAGAGGAAAUACGGUAAAUUCAGUUUUCUCGUACAUCCAGGUAACUGGAUGGUAAAGUGUUGUGUGGGCGGGCGGUCCACUGAAGAAUCCUCCUCGAUCUCAUUUUAUCACACCAAUGACCUGUGACACUGCUGACUGUUAAAUCGGCUUCCUCCGUGUGCGAAGGCAGAACAUUUUUAGAGCGUAAAAGAGCCAUUGAAAAUAAAACGGGACACUUGUGAUGCACAGCAUGUGAGAAUACGGUUCACUCGUGGUUACAGGUUAAAUGCUUCACUUCCUCUCUGUGCCUCCUCAGACAUUCGGCAGUUUCUCAUAACGUUAGUAACAGUAAGUAUGUUUUCAAGAUUUAGAUGAAUUCCAGAUUUCAACAAACGUGGAAACGACAAACUGAUAAAUAGGACCCUCUGAAUAUAAAAAGAAUCUUUGCCGUGCUAAGAGGAAAAAGAGCAUUUUGUCUGAUGUAGCCUAGGAAUUUGUGUUUAGUUGCUUAUUAAAUGCAGAAAAGCCAUUUCUCCUGGGCGACGCGGGGAUCCCCGUUUGGCUUCCUGACGCACGAGCGUGAAAAUCAGAAGACUUUCUGAGACACUUUGUGAAUUCAGGGCUCCUCCGCUCCUUUGCUGCUUCUCACCCGUCCCUCUCCGUCUUCAUCAGCAGAAGCUGCCGUCGCCAAACCUCUUCGUCUUUCUAAAGCUUCCUCACACGACGUGCUGUGCAAUUCCGCCGUGGCUCCAGCUAAUCAGAGCCACUUCCCACCUUAAAACCGUCUCCCCAGUGUGUGUCGUGGGCAGGACCGGUGAGUAUUAGUCAUUGUAGGGUCGGGAACGGUUGAGUUUUUAGUGAAUUUUAAUACUGUGGUAGUUAUUAUUGACUUCACUUAAACGAGGAACAGUAGCCACUAGCUGACUUCGGCAUGCACGCAAGGGCUUCUUUUUUUUCUCUGAGGAGAAAAUUAGGUCAAAAAAAAAUUCCCCUUUGAACUAAUGGUCUUAGUAAUUUUUUCAAGUCCCCCACCCCAAAAAAAAAAAAAAAAAAAUGCUGAACUGAACUCAGAAUAUGUUAUUUAAAAGUAAUAUCCUGUAUUCACAAAAAACAAAAAAAAAAAAAAACAACUUUUGACAGAGGCUGUUAGACUAUAGAGGUAAAACGUGAUCUUUUCAACUAAGCUUGAAG